AUUUGGGCUGCAUUUAUGUGCUUGUUCAUACAACCUGUAAGUGAAAAUGUCCUUUUUGGGAUGGGAAAUCCUCUUCUUGACAUUUGUGCGGUAGUGGACAAGGACUUCCUUGACAAGUAUGGGCUAAAGCCAAAUGACCAAAUCCUGGCAGAGGACAAACAUAAAGAACUGUUUGAAGAACUUGUGAAAAAGUUCAAAGUAGAAUAUCAUGCUGGUGGCUCUACUCAAAAUUCUGUUAAAGUGGCCCAGUGGAUGAUUCAGAGCCCUUACAAAGCAGCAACUUUCUUUGGGUGCAUUGGAAAGGAUAAAUUUGGGGAGAUCCUUAAGAAGAAGGCUGAGGAAGCGCAUGUGGAUGCUCAUUAUUAUGAGCAGAAUGAAGAGCCAACAGGAACUUGUGCUGCCUGCAUCACUAGUGACAACAGGUCCCUUGUUGCUAAUCUUGCUGCUGCUAAUUGUUAUAAGAAGGAAAAGCAUCUUGAUCUGGACAAGAACUGGAAAAUGGUGGAAAAAGCCAAAGUUUAUUAUAUAGCAGGAUUUUUUCUGACGGUUUCACCAGAGGCAGUAUUAAAAGUGGCCUCUCAGGCUUCUGCAAACAACAAGAUCUUCAGUUUAAAUCUUUCUGCACCAUUUAUUAGCCAGUUCUAUAAAGAGCCAAUGAUGAAAGUUAUGCCUUAUGUUGACAUCCUUUUUGGAAAUGAGACGGAAGCUGCCACUUUUGCUAGAGAGCAAGGCUUUGAGACUGAAGACAUUAAAGAGAUAGCCCGGAAGACACAAGCCCUGCCAAAGGUGAACCCUAAAAGGCAACGAAUUGUAGUCUUCACCCAAGGGAAAGAUGACACUAUAAUGGCUACAGAAAAUGAAGUAACUUCUUUUCCAGUCUUAGUGAGUGACCAGAGUGAAAUUGUUGAUACCAAUGGAGCUGGAGAUGCAUUUGUUGGAGGUUUUCUCUCACAACUUGUCUAUGAUCGACCAUUGACUGAGUGCAUCCGAGCUGCACAUUAUGCAGCCAGUGUAAUCAUAAAGCGUUCUGGUUGUACUUUCCCAGAAAAGCCCGACUUCCACUGAUACUGAGGGAUCAAGAAAAAAACUUGUAUGUUUAUGGGAUUGCUGCCUAAAUUUUUCUGACUUCCCCUCCUCGACCUCAAUUACCUGCAUCAAGUCUUCUGUACUUCUGUUCAUUAGACUUUCCACAAAAUGUGUAUUUCAGUGGUCUUGUCCUGUUCACACCACUAUGUCUCACUGGUCUUAAACUUACAGGCUGUAGUGUUAAGUGAAGCUGAUUCUCUCAUCAAUCUGGAAAACAUUUUUAUUUACAGAGUUUAUAAGAAAGUCCCAUGUAAAUGCCACACUUGAGUAACGUAGUUAUAAUCUCUUAUGACCAGAUCCUGCUCAGUUUUUUCAUGUGCAAAAUCAACAAGCCUCAGUUUCAUUUCACAGUAGUUCAAAUCAGGAAUAAAUCCUUUUAAAUACAUGGAGUCAAACCCAUGUUCAAAAUGAGAUUCAUGUGGCGAGACUCAGGUCACAAGGAUCUUCUUAUGUAAUACUGUGCAGAGAUCUGGCCUCUGGAAGUCAUUCAUGAUCCCAUUGAAGUUAUUAAAUAUUUUUCCAAUAAUUUAAGGAUCUGAUCCAAAGUUAAUUGAAUUCAUUCCGCAUCUUUCCAUUGAUGUCAGUGAGUCUGGAUCAGACGUAGCUUGCAGGAUCUGGCUGAUAAUUUCCGCUCCAUUAUUUGCAUAAUUUGUAUCGUGUAUUAAUCAGACUGGCCAAUAAGAUAGGUACUCUUUCAGUGCUUUCAGGGCAGAGGCUGAUGACUGUAAAACAUAUGGAUAGAUGCUAACUCUUCCAUGUAAGCGUUCUAAAAAGGUGGUAUUUAACUACGGUACAUGUAAUGAAAUGAGAUGCAGAACUAUUUAUGCAGGUUAUUGUGCCAGGAUAUGCCAAACAGAGUCUCUGAAACGCACAUUUUUCAAUGUGUAUUUUACUUGGGAUAAUUAAACAAUAUGCCGGAUUUUGUUUAUUACAGUAUUCAAAAGAGACUAUCUGACACUUGCAUUCAUUACUUUGCUAUGUAAUUUGAUACUGAUAAAUAAAUAAAUUGUCAUACAGUGAUGCC